AUGCGCAGUCGGGGUGGAGGAGUUCUCGUGGCUAUUUCGAGAAAACUUAGCUCAUCCAUCGUUACAAUUGGGAAUACCAGUAGCAUCGAAAACUUCCAGGAUAUCUCCAUUCUAGAUCUUCAUGUGAAUGCUCUAUCCGAAGCUAGAUUGAAACAUCCUUCAUCUGGUGUAAUUUUCCUUGGUGAUUUUAACCAACCUCAAUUAUUGUGGAUCCCUGGUCAAGGCAACAACUUGUUGAUCGAUCCUUCAUCGGUGAUAAGUAGGGCAAGUGCCUCUUUAGUGGAUGGAACUAUUUUGAAUGGAAUGCAUCAACGUAAUGGUGUACGGGACCUUCACAAUCGAACGCUGGAUUUAGUCUUCACCGAUGAGUCCAUCUUGAUCAGCACCAUCAUCGAGGCCAAUGAAGUUGUUGUCCCCAUAGACGUGCAUCAUCCUCCGGUUGAAUUCGAUAUUUCGUUCCCGAAUCCUGUAGCUUUUAUUGAGGACUUCGACGCAUCCGCUCGUGACUUCCGUCGUGCUGAUUUUGAGGUAUUGAACCGAGCGUUAUCCGAGAUUGACUGGACGAAUCUUCAAAGAUGUGCUGAUGUAGAUAUGGCUGUGAGUACAUUCUGCUCCAUUAUGAGUGAAGUCUUCGAUAAUUCUGUACCACUGGUAAGACCUCCUCUCAGACCUCCUUGGACAAAUAAUCGCCUAAAACAGCUAAAACAUAUUCGAUCGAAAUGGCUACGACUGUUUAGUAGAUCCCGCUGCCCGUUUUUAAAAACAAAAUUGAAUGAUGCUACCAGAAGAUAUCGGAUCUACAAUCGCCUUUGCUAUCGUCGCUAUUUAGAUCGCACACAAUCUAACCUUCGCCGUAAUCCCAAAGCGUUCUGGAAGUUCGUUAACACCAAAAGGAAGGAGUCUGGUCUACCUGCGGUGCUUCAUUUAAAAGACAGAACCGCCCAAUCUUCCGCCGAGAAAUGUAACCUCUUUGCCAACCACUUUUCCAGUGUUUUCCCGAUACAAUCGUUAAGUACAGACGAAAUCGAUGCAGCGGUAACAUUAUUACCCAGAGAUGUGUUAGACCUUGACGUCUUCGCUAUUACCGAAGAAAUGGUUAUUGAUGCUAUCAAUAAUUUGAAGUUUUCUACCUCAGCCGGUAAAGAUGGCAUACCUUCGUGCAUUUUAAAAAGGUGUAGCGCCGUACUGGUAAAGCCACUCACUCACAUAUUCAACCUGUCCUUCGAACAACAAAAAUUUCCUGCCAUCUGGAAGAGAUCAUUCAUGAGCCCUAUCUUUAAAAAAGGUGACAAACAGGAUGUGCGUAAUUACCGAGGUGUCACAUCGCUAGCUGCCUGCUCAAAGGUUUUGGAGAGGAUCGUCAACGAUUUUUCACAUCAUUCUGUUUAUCCAAUAUCGAUGGCGGCAACCAAAUUGAUGCCAUAUAUACUGACAUUACUGCCGCGUUUGAUUCAGUGA